CGCGAGUAGAGCGCCAUGGGAACGGAACGGGUUCGUUUAGUUCUGUUGCGGUCUUCAAAAUGGCCGCCAGUGACAGCAAAGCUCCGCUUAGAACCGUUAAAAGAGUGCAGUUUGGUAUACUCAGUCCGGAUGAAAUCCGGCGUAUGUCAGUCACAGAGGGCGGCAUCCGCUUUCCAGAGACAAUGGAAGCGGGCCGCCCCAAAUUGGGGGGCCUCAUGGACCCGAGACAAGGGGUCAUCGACAGACAUUCCCGUUGCCAGACGUGCGCGGGUAACAUGACAGAAUGUCCGGGUCAUUUUGGCCACAUAGAAUUGGCCAAGCCCGUAUUUCACGUUGGUUUUGUCACGAAAACGAUCAAAAUUUUAAGAUGCGUCUGCUUUUUCUGCAGUAAAAUGUUAGUUAGUCCAAAUAAUCCAAAAAUAAAAGAGGUGGUCAUGAAAUCCAAAGGUCAGCCGAGGAAAAGGUUGGCUUUUGUUUACGAUCUCUGCAAAGGUAAAAAUAUUUGCGAGGGUGGGGAUGAAAUGGAUGUAGGAAAGGAGGGGGAAGAUACAGCAGGUAAAAAACAAGGCCAUGGUGGUUGUGGUAGGUACCAACCAAACAUAAGAAGAGCCGGUUUGGAUUUAUCCGCCGAAUGGAAGCAUGUGAAUGAAGAUUCUCAGGAAAAAAAGAUGCCACUCUCGGCUGAAAGAGUGUGGGAAAUUUUGAAACAUAUCACAGACGAAGAAUGUUUCAUCCUCGGGAUGGACCCGAAAUUCGCCCGUCCCGAUUGGAUGAUAGUGACGGUGUGCCCGGUUCCGCCGUUGCCGGUUCGUCCAGCCGUCGUUAUGCACGGUUCGGCGAGAAAUCAGGACGAUUUGACUCACAAACUGGCCGACAUCAUCAAAGCGAACAACGAGUUGCAAAGGAACGAGGCGGCCGGCACGGCUGCGCACAUCAUCCUCGAGAACAUAAAGAUGCUGCAGUUUCACGUUGCAACCCUGGUCGACAACGACAUGCCGGGCAUGCCAAGAGCCAUGCAGAAGUCGGGGAAGCCCCUAAAAGCGAUAAAGGCUCGGUUAAAAGGUAAGGAGGGCAGGAUUCGUGGUAAUCUUAUGGGUAAGCGUGUGGAUUUUUCCGCGCGUACCGUAAUCACGCCCGAUCCCAAUCUGCGUAUCGACCAGGUCGGGGUUCCGAGGUCAAUCGCGCAGAACAUGACGUUCCCUGAGAUCGUCACCCCUUUUAAUUUCGAUAAAAUGUUGGAGCUUGUACAAAGAGGUAAUUCGCAAUAUCCGGGGGCCAAAUAUAUUGUAAGAGACAAUGGUGACAGAAUAGAUUUGAGGUUCCAUCCUAAACCGUCAGAUUUGCAUUUACAGUGUGGAUACAAAGUAGAAAGACACAUUCGUGAUGGCGAUUUGGUUAUUUUCAAUCGUCAACCGACCCUCCACAAGAUGAGUAUGAUGGGGCACAGGGUCAAAGUGCUGCCUUGGUCCACUUUCAGGAUGAAUUUGUCCUGUACUUCCCCCUACAACGCCGAUUUCGACGGCGACGAAAUGAACUUGCACGUUCCGCAAAGUAUGGAAACAAGAGCCGAAGUGGAAAACCUGCACAUAACCCCGAGGCAAAUUAUCACGCCGCAAGCCAAUCAACCCGUCAUGGGUAUCGUGCAAGAUACUCUUACCGCGGUGAGAAAGAUGACGAAAAGGGACGUUUUCAUCGAGAAAGAACAGAUGAUGAACAUACUCAUGUUCUUGCCGAUUUGGGACGGUAAAAUGCCCAGACCGGCGAUCCUAAAACCCAAACCCCUCUGGACGGGGAAGCAAAUAUUCUCGCUGAUUAUCCCGGGAAAUGUAAAUAUGAUCCGUACGCACUCGACGCAUCCCGACGACGAGGACGACGGUCCGUACCGGUGGAUCUCCCCCGGCGACACCAAGGUCAUGGUGGAGCACGGCGAGUUGAUCAUGGGGAUCCUCUGCAAAAAAUCCCUCGGUACUUCCCCCGGUUCUCUCCUCCACAUCUGCAUGUUGGAGCUGGGGCACGAGGUGUGCGGCAGGUUCUACGGUAACAUCCAGACCGUGAUCAACAAUUGGCUGCUCCUCGAAGGUCACAGCAUCGGUAUCGGAGAUACGAUUGCCGAUCCUCAGACCUACUUGGAGAUCCAAAAGGCCAUCCACAAAGCCAAAGAGGACGUCAUAGAGGUCAUCCAGAAGGCUCACAAUAUGGAGUUGGAGCCUACUCCGGGUAAUACCUUGCGUCAAACCUUCGAAAAUCAAGUGAACAGGAUUUUGAACGACGCUCGUGACAAAACCGGUGGUUCCGCCAAGAAAUCUCUAACCGAAUACAACAACUUGAAGGCGAUGGUGGUGUCGGGAUCCAAAGGCUCCAACAUCAACAUCUCCCAGGUUAUCGCUUGCGUGGGGCAGCAAAACGUCGAGGGUAAGCGUAUCCCGUUCGGUUUCCGUAAAAGAACGCUGCCGCACUUCAUAAAAGACGAUUACGGUCCCGAGUCGAGAGGUUUCGUGGAGAAUUCCUACCUUGCCGGUUUAACCCCGUCCGAGUUCUAUUUCCACGCCAUGGGUGGUCGCGAAGGUCUCAUCGAUACCGCCGUGAAGACCGCCGAAACCGGUUACAUCCAGCGUCGUCUCAUAAAGGCUAUGGAGUCGGUUAUGGUGAAUUACGACGGCACCGUGCGUAACUCCGUCGGGCAGCUGAUUCAGCUGCGUUACGGGGAGGACGGUCUGUGCGGGGAGAUGGUGGAGUUUCAGUACCUCCCCACCGUCAAACUCAGCAACAAAGCUUUCGAGCGGAAGUUCCGUUUCGAUCCCAGCAACGAGCGGUACUUACGAAGGGUUUUUAACGAGGACGUCAUAAAACAAUUAAUGGGUUCGGGAGAAGUCAUUUCCGAGUUAGAACGAGAGUGGGAGCAGCUGCAAAAAGACCGCGAAGCGUUGAGGCAGAUUUUCCCCAGCGGAGAAUCAAAAGUCGUACUGCCUUGUAACUUGCAACGCAUGAUAUGGAACGUGCAGAAAAUCUUCCACAUCAACAAAAGAGCACCCACGGACCUCUCCCCUGUGAGAGUCAUACAGGGGGUUAGAGAGCUCCUCAAAAAGUGCAUCAUCGUGGCGGGGGAAGACAGACUCUCCAAACAAGCCAACGAAAACGCCACCUUGCUCUUCCAAUGCUUGGUGAGAUCCACCCUAUGCACAAAGUGCGUUUCGGAGGAGUUCAGGCUGAGCACCGAAGCCUUCGAAUGGUUGAUCGGAGAAAUCGAGACGAGAUUCCAGCAGGCUCAGGCGAAUCCCGGCGAGAUGGUGGGCGCGUUGGCCGCGCAGUCCCUCGGAGAACCCGCCACUCAGAUGACCCUCAACACCUUCCAUUUUGCUGGAGUAUCCUCCAAAAACGUAACCCUCGGUGUGCCGCGUCUAAAGGAAAUCAUCAACAUCUCCAAGAAGCCUAAAGCGCCUUCCCUUACGGUCUUCUUGACCGGGGCUGCGGCCAGGGACGCGGAAAAGGCCAAAAACGUGCUGUGUCGCUUGGAGCACACCACGUUGAGAAAAGUGACGGCGAACACGGCGAUUUACUACGAUCCCGACCCGCAGAACACCGUCAUCCCCGAGGAUCAGGAGUUCGUUAACGUUUACUACGAGAUGCCGGAUUUCGAUCCGACCCGGAUCUCGCCGUGGCUGCUUCGUAUCGAGCUGGACAGGAAGCGCAUGACGGACAAAAAAUUGACCAUGGAGCAGAUCGCGGAAAAAAUUAACGCGGGUUUCGGCGACGAUCUGAACUGCAUAUUCAACGACGACAACGCCGAGAAACUGGUGCUGCGGAUUCGUAUCAUGGACAGCGACGACGGUAAAUUCGGCGAAGGGGCCGAUGAAGACGUGGAUAAAAUGGACGACGACAUGUUUUUAAGGUGUAUCGAGGCCAACAUGCUGAGCGACAUGACUUUACAGGGUAUCGAAGCCAUUUCCAAAGUGUACAUGCAUUUGCCGCAGACAGACUCGAAGAAAAGGAUCGUUAUAACUGACGCGGGCGAGUUUAAAGCCAUUGCGGAAUGGCUACUGGAAACUGACGGUACCAGCAUGAUGAAAGUUCUAUCUGAAAGAGACGUGGAUCCCGUAAGAACGUUCUCCAACGAUAUCUGCGAGAUUUUCUCCGUGCUCGGCAUCGAGGCCGUACGUAAAUCGGUGGAGAAAGAAAUGAACGCCGUGUUGUCGUUCUACGGUCUCUACGUAAACUACCGUCACUUGGCUUUGCUUUGCGACGUGAUGACGGCCAAAGGUCAUCUCAUGGCCAUCACGCGUCACGGUAUCAACAGACAGGACACCGGUGCUCUCAUGAGAUGCUCGUUCGAAGAAACGGUGGACGUGCUGCUCGACGCCGCCUCGCACGCCGAAGUCGACCCCAUGAGAGGCGUGUCCGAGAACAUCAUCAUGGGUCAGUUGCCGCGCAUGGGCACCGGCUGCUUCGACCUGCUCCUCGACGCGGAAAAGUGCAAGAUGGGCAUAGCCAUCCCCCAAGCUCACGGAGCCGACAUAAUGUCUUCGGGCAUGUUCUUCGGCUCGGCGGCCACUCCGAGCAGCAUGAGCCCCGGAGGAGCCAUGACUCCGUGGAACCAAGCCGCCACUCCGUACAUGGGAAACGCCUGGUCUCCGCACAAUCUCAUGGGAAGCGGUAUGACCCCCGGAGGACCCGCCUUUUCACCAUCCGCAGCCUCCGAUGCUUCUGGAAUGUCGCCUGGCUACGGAGCGUGGUCUCCUACGCCAAACUCGCCCGCAAUGUCUCCUUACAUGAGUUCUCCUCGCGGGCAAAGUCCAUCAUACAGUCCCUCGAGCCCCUCAUUCCAACCAACCUCCCCCUCUAUCACUCCCACUUCCCCUGGAUACUCGCCCAGCUCCCCAGGUUAUUCACCAACGAGCCCCAAUUACAGUCCAACCUCACCGAGCUAUUCUCCAACAAGUCCGAGUUAUUCGCCUACCUCCCCAAGCUAUUCACCAACAAGUCCAAGCUACUCGCCAACGAGUCCUAGUUACUCACCCACUUCUCCCUCUUACUCGCCGACUUCACCAAGCUACUCGCCGACUUCACCAAGCUAUUCUCCGACUUCACCGAGCUACUCGCCAACGAGUCCCAGUUACUCACCCACUUCACCAAGUUACUCGCCCACUUCACCAAGCUAUUCACCGACGUCGCCUUCAUACAGCCCCACCUCACCGAGCUACUCUCCAACGAGUCCCAGCUACUCGCCCACAUCUCCGAGUUACUCACCAACUUCGCCUUCAUACUCACCGUCUUCUCCGAGAUACACACCCGCUUCGCCAUCUUACUCCCCAACUUCGCCCUCAUACUCGCCGUCUUCUCCCCAAUAUUCGCCGGCUUCUCCCAGCUACUCGCCGUCCUCCCCGAAAUAUUCACCGACGUCUCCGAGCUACUCCCCCACUUCGCCGUCGUUCGGGGGCGGAAGUCCGCAAUAUUCGCCGACUUCGCCGAGUUAUUCUCCUACGUCGCCGAAUUAUUCGCCGUCUAGUCCGCAGCACACGCCGGCUGCAAGUUCUAGAUACUCCCCGUCGUCACCAAAUUACUCCCCCAGCUCACCCAGCUACUCGCCGACCUCUCCCCAAUAUUCACCGCACAGCACCAAAUAUUCACCCACUUCUCCCACCUACACCCCCACCUCCCCGAGUUAUUCUCCCGCUUCACCCGCUUAUUCACCAAAUCCUCCAAGGUAUUCUCCUUCAUCUCCCAGCUACUCUCCUACAAGUCCAGGACAGGACCAAGAUUAAAAUAUCCAUCAAUAGUUUGUUUAAUUAUAGUAUAAGACAUUGUUUUUUAUAAUAUUUUUCUAGAGGGAGUUAAAGAUGAUAAUGAAGAAAUGCAAAAGACUGUAUUUUUAUGAAAUGAUUGAUUUUGCUUAAUGAUUUUAGAGGAAGCAUUUCUCACGUUUUGUGUGUGUAAAUAGAAUAUUUUAUUAUGUAUAAAUGUUAAUCAACAUUCUUUAAUAAAAAAAAUAUGUAAA